AUGGCAGCUAAAAUAUCCACACCAGCAAGCUGUAUAAUGAAAAAGCCAAAGAUGGAGGCAUUCUUCAGAGAAGGAGACAUUGUCAUUGGUGGGAUAUUUGUCAUACGCUCUAAAUAUGUAUAUCCUGAAGCAAGCUUUAAAGAGCUGCCUCCAUCAAUAGUGUGUUCAGAAUUCCAUGUCGGUUACUACAGGGGAGUCCUGGGCAUGGUUUAUGCCAUUGAUGAAAUUAACAAAAAUACACAUUUGCUACCCAACUUCACUCUGGGCUUCAGCAUCUUUGAUUCCUGCUACUCAGAGAACCAAGCGAUUGAAGCAGCUUUAGCAUUUUUGUCUGGGAUUCAGAAGCCAGUUCCUAAUUACAAUUGCAAUUCUGCUAGUAUGGUUGCUGGAAUUAUUGGGGAACUUGGCUCAUCAUUAACUAUUCCAGUGGCCAGAACACUGGGGGUCUACUAUGUCACUCAGAUUAGCCCUGGAGCAAUGCAUUCAACACUGAGUAAUAAAUUACAAUAUCCAUCCUUUCUGAGAACUGUACCUAGUGACAAAUUUCAGAAUUAUGAUUUGGCUCAGCUAAUUGGAUAUUUUGGAUGGACCUGGGUAGGGAUUCUAGCAACAGAUAAUGAUGCUGGUGAAACUGGUAGCCAGAGCAUAAAGAAUGAGAUUUUGAAAACUGGCAGAUGCAUAGCAUUCACCGAAAAGAUUCAUGUCCGAUAUUCCACUGACAAGUUCAGUAAACUUGUUGAGCUGAUCAGGAAGUCAUCUGUAAAUGCUAUCAUUGUCCAUAGCAGUGAGGUGCACAUAAAACCAUUGCUGCAGGCCUUCUACAUGAGGAAUUUGACAGGCAAAGUGUUGUUGUUCACAUUAAUUUUCCCUGUUACACCUGAACUCUUUACAGCUGAGACUCUCCUCUUAUUAAACGGAACUUUGGGGUUAUCACCCCCAUUGAGAGACAUGCCCAGUUUCAGAGAUUAUUUAUAUCAUCUACAUCCAUCCACAUCACCAAGUGAUAUUUUAAUCAAAUCAUACUGGGAAAAAAUAUUCACUUGUAUUUGGCCAGUAGAUGGAAGAUCUGUAACUGAGCUCACCAAUAGCUCUGCACUAUGCACAGGGAUGGAGGCAUUCACUCAACGUUCAAUACCUUUUAUUGAAAUGCAAGACAUUAUUUACAGCUUCCAUCCGUACUUAGCAACAUAUGCUUUUGCAAAUGCUCUGCAUAACAUGGUUUCAUGCAAAUCUAAAGCAGGACCUUUUCAGAAUAGUUCCUGUCCUAAAAUAAAGAAAAUCCAGCCAUGGCAGGUGCUGUAUUAUGUGAAAAAUGUCCAUUAUAAAACUGAUGUCACUGAAGAAGACCUCUUUUUUGAUGUAAAUGGGGAUGCAGUGACUUUAUAUGAAGUCAUUAACAUGCGUAUAUUGCCUAAUGGCACAUUCAGAUUUGUACAAGUUGGAAGAAUCGACCACAGAGCCCCUCCAGGACAGGAACUCAACAUCAAUAUGAAGACAAUUAUGUGGAAUGAAAAAUACACUCAGGUUCCUCAUUCCAUAUGCAGUGAAAAUUGUCCUUUGGGAUACAGAAAAAUUGUGAGAGAAGGCCAGCCAGUUUGUUGCUUUGACUGUAUAAUAUGUCCUAAUGGAGAAAUUUCAAAUCGGUCAGACUCAGAUAACUGUCUCAUCUGUCCAGAAAGUGAAUGGUCAAAUGAUGAACGUGUCAAGUGUGUUCCAAAGAUGGUAGAGUUCUUGAGCUUCGAUGAGCCAUUGGGAAUAUCAUUAGCUACAACAGCAAUGUUUCUUCUCAUUUUAACGACUAUUGUUUUGUUAACUUUCAUUAAAUACCAUGGUACACCUGUAGUGAAAGCUAACAAUCGUGAACUGAGUUACCUGCUGCUGUUUGGACUUAUGUUGUGUUUCCUCUGUUCCUUGAUAUUUAUUGGAUACCCUAUUCAAGUCACAUGCAUUCUUCGUCAGACCAUUUUCAGCAUCGUGUUUUCCAUAAGUGUCUCUUUUGUUCUUGCUAAGACAAUCACAGUCAUAAUUGCUUUUAAUGCAACACACCCAAACAGCAAAUUAAAACGAUGGGUUGGAUCUGAAAUUCCAGCUUUUAUAGUGACAGUCUCCUCACUGUUUCAGAUUGUGAUCUGUGCUUUCUGGCUGUGGCUGUCCCCUCCUUUCCCUGAACUGAAGACUACAUCAGUCAGUAAAAAGAUUAUAGUUGAAUGCAAUGAAGGACAAAGGACAUUCUUCUACUGUUCACUGGGGUACUUAUGUUUGUUAGCCAUGGUUUGUUUCAUUGCAGCUUUCCUUGCAAGGAAACUGCCUGACAGCUUUAAUGAGGCAAAGCACAUCACAUUCAGCAUGCUUGUUUUUCUAAGUGUUUGGCUUUCAUUCAUUCCUGCUUAUCUCAGCACACAAGGUAAAUAUAUGGUUGCUGUUGAAAUAUUUGCUAUUCUGUCCUCUACUGCAGGGUUACUGUUCUGUAUAUUUCUGGGUAAAUGCUACAUUAUAUUGCUUAAGCCUGAGCAAAAUACCAAAAAACAUUUAAUGGGUAAAGGAAAUGUGAACUAACAAAACAGUAUGUGGGUAUGGCAAAGUUUCUGCUUACUGCCUUGCAUUUCAAGAUACACCAACAUAUGCUUCCAUUUUAUUUCUGGCAUGACUGCAAAAUGUUUAUCCCUUAAGACAUUUAUUUAGAAUUAACACAGAGUAUAACAUUUUCAAAAGUAGUUGCUACAUUACUGAU